UCGUAGACACGCAGACCAUAACUUGUUCAUGAACUUUCUUUUUUUCUUGGUACUGGGGGUUGAACCCAGGGGCUCCUAACCACUGAGCCACAUCCCUGACCUUUCUUAGGUUUUACUUUCGGUUGGGGUUUCUAGGUUGCGUAGGGCCUCACUAAGCUGCGGAGGCUGGUUUGAACGUGGGGUCCUCCUGAUUCCCUCUCUCUCUCUUUCCUGGACCUGGGACACUCUGCGCCUGUCCUCCAGCCGGAGUGCCUGGCCUUUGGACUCCAGGACUCACACCGGGCGGGCCUUCACACUCACGCUCAGACCUUCGGCCUCGGUUUUCCCUUCUAGACAAAUGUUGGUUCGGACACGAACCCUCCGAACCCUCCGACGGUUGGAGAUGAGCCCUCCGAGCGUCCGCGGUGGGCGGGAGUCGUGUCUCUGGCUCCUGGCGGUAUUGGUGGUCAGGCCUCUGCGCCUUCCCGCACAGUCCUCCAUCCAGGAUGCACUUCCCGGCCCCUACUGGACCCACGUCGGUCAGGUCCCUGCCAGUGGAGCCGAUGCUCGGGAGACGGACAACAGAGAAGACUCACGUGGUGCCGGAGCAGCAGCCCCCAUCCCGCCCGCACAGAAGCCCCUUCACGGCGGGCUGGCCGGGAGCGCUGGCAGCGCCGCCCUCGCCUCCUUCCUGCCCGGCCCCCACGCAGAUCCCCAUCCCUGGGCUCCUGCGGCAGCCCAGGGCGGGAGCGCGACGGAGCACAAUGUGGCUCCUUGUUCCCGGCCCAGCCUUCUGGAAUUGGCCCAUUUCCUGCCUGGGCUGCGGGGCGCUUUCCAAGGCAGCCGGGGGGCUCCUGCCGGGGGCUCCCACCACCCAAGGCCGUCCAUGGCCCCGCGCGUGGCCCCUGCGCACCGUCUUCCAGGCUGGACACGCGGGCCUCUGAGCAGUGCUGGCGACAGCGUCUGGACCGGAGCAGGGACACGACAGGAGCGGCUAGCUCUGCCUGUGGGUCCAGAGCCUCCGCAGAGAACUGCAAGGAGUGAGCUCAUGAGCAUCCGGCAUCUCACGCCCCGCCUUAAAGACACAGCCUGGGGGCUCUGGAUGGAGGCCUUAUGCCCCGAGGCCCAGGGCUCCUUUCCCUCCCUGUCCCCAGCCAUCUCCAGGAAUCCCCAUUACCGCGCAAGCGCUGUCGUGGCCGGAGCUGACCGCUACAGCCCCAGGAGUGGUGAGACCGCCGUUAGCGCCACGUGCCUGAGGACCAGUCGCCGCCACCGAGCAGCGGGGUUUGAGUGCCUGCUUCCGGGUUGUGGCUUUGUUGGCACUGAGCGUCCUGCAAAGCAGCCAGCCGGGCCUGCCUUCCUCUGGCACGGAGUGGAGGAGGUUCAGGGAGGGAGCCGAUCCGCGUGA